AUCCCGCCGUGUAUAAAGCGCCCUCGCUCCGGCCAGGUCACGGCUCCCGUUCCAACUCCUACCUACGCAGCAGAGGCCAGCCACCUCCCCGUCGCUCUCACGCUCUUCGUGCCCGCCGCCUCUCCUCCGUCUCUGCCUCUCUCCCUCUCCCCUCCCGUCUGACGCACAUGGCCUCCAUCGCCGGAUCUUCGGCCCUCUCCUUCGCCAGGCCCGUCAAGGCAAUCAACACAAAUUCUCUAGCUUUCUCCCCGGCGAGGAAGGGCAACACAUUCCUCCGCCUGCAACCAAUGCCUAUGAGAUCUGUUUCCUGCGCUGCCAAGAAGGAUACAACAGACAAGGUUUGUGAGAUUGUGAAGAAGCAGCUUGCUCUUCCUGACCAUACUGAAGUUUGCGGUGAAUCGAAAUUCUCUGAACUCGGUGCAGAUUCACUGGACACGGUUGAGAUUGUGAUGAGUCUCGAGGAGCACUUCGAUAUUAGCGUGGAGGAGUCCAGCGCACAAACAAUCGCCACAGUUGAAGACGCCGCGGACCUCAUCGACAAGCUUGUUGCUGGCAAAGCGUAGUUCUGUACCUCCUCUAUCGUUGUCCUACCACUCUAGGUCUAUCCCUUGAUCUAGGUUUCUAUGGUCUGAAGAUUUGUGAUUUUCUCCGCACUGUUGUUGCUAUCCCCGUGUCGUAAUAAUACGAGAUGUUUUAAGCGGUUGAACAUUACGGUGGUGUAAUCAGAGUAAUCUGUUGCUGUUAAGGUGCAUUGUUGUAUGAAUUGUCUCUACCCGAGUAGAAGAAUCAGACCAUUCGGGAUUCUAUGAUCAUAGUACAUUUUUUGCUUGAAAA